AUCCCUUUAUUUAUUUAAUGAAAGAACAAACACCUCUAUGGGAACUCAAUGCCCUGACAGUUCAAUUAGUUGUCAAGUUUACUCUGGGCAGGUAUUGAUCAUUCUUUCGUGAAAUGAGUUAGGUGCUUAUUAAAAAACAACAAAACCCCCUUUUCACACAGCAUGGCGGCAUUUCCCUUGGUAACAAGGUUGGGUGGAUCCACCAAGGCCCAGCAGCCUGCCUCCUUUACCUAAGAACUACUGUCCACCUGGAAGAGAGAGGCGUGAGGUGGGAUGUGAACCAGGAUGAACUCGUCGCAAUCGUCAAGAGUCGCUGUGUGGCCCUCACCUUGACUUCGGGCGGUUUGUGGGGACCCAACUGCUUUCUUGCCGCCGCUUGAGUUUCCCGCAGCCAAACACCUCACCCACCCGGGACCCUCCAACUGUCCGGCUAGAGCAGGGGAUGGGGGUCGUCUCUCGAUCGACCUCGGGGUCAAAGGCUAAAGUCCAUAGCCGCUUCGGAACCGCUCGAGUUCUGAAGCCGCUCCACGCCUCCUCGCUCACCACCUGGUCCCCGCAGGACGCGGCAGUCUCGGGUUCCAGCCCGGAAGGGAGCGCGGGUGCCGUCACCCGCCCUGCGCGGCCUCACCUGCCGCUCCCCGGAAAUCUCAGCGACGCCCUGUCCCCGCCCCGCACCCUCCCGCGUCCUACAAGUCGAGGUUCCAAGACCCACGCAGCAAUGGCGCGGCCGGAAACUGACCCCUGGACUUCCUCCCGCUCGGUUGGCGGGUCGGGACGCCUGUGGGCGGGACGCAAAGGCCGCGACUUCCGCCUUCCUGUUUCCGGUCUGGCGAAUUUAAACCAUCUCUCAGAUGUAUACAGUAGAACUUAAGAAGACAGACAAUCAAGGGUCAUCUGAAUCGUGAUUGGGUCACUAAUAAUACCAGGACAAAGUUAGAGAUCACUACUCAAGCAUAAGCCCUAGUUUUCAUAAGACUGCUAUGAAGAUGUUUGAUAUAAAGGCUUGGGCUGAGUAUGUUGUGGAAUGGGCUGCAAAGGACCCAUACGGCUUCCUUACCACUGUUAUUUUGGCCCUUACUCCACUGUUCCUAGCAAGUGCUGUACUGUCUUGGAAAUUGGCCAAAAUGAUUGAGGCAAGGGAGAAGGAGCAAAAGAAGAAACAAAAACGCCAAGAAAACAUUGCAAAAGCUAAACGACUAAAAAAGGAUUGAAGGACUGAACAGUCUCCGCAACCAGGGAAAAUCAUUUGGAAAAUUAUGCAGCUUUGGAAGAACCCACUGAAGUUCUUCUUUGGAUUUCUUGACAGUAUUAUUUAGUAAAUGAAAUUUGACCAAAUGGAAGAAUCAUGUUCUGACCUCAAUACUGUAGUGACAUUUAGGCUUGGGUGUAGAAGUUUAUAGGUUUCUAUUGACAGUUAUUGUAAAUUAGCAUUUAUUAUGGUACAAAUUCCUUAUAACCGACUUAGUAAUUUGCUGAUUAGCAGUUUAUGUACUGAAAUGAAGACAUCCUAUAGGGAAAAAUGAAUUUAGAUUAUGAACUCAAUUUAGAUGAACUCUAUGUAAAAUGAGGUCCUGUUUUGGACAAAGGAAAUUAAAAAUGUAAAAGUCAGAACUGUCCUGUCGUGAGGUGAUAAGUGUGCUUUGGCUUAAAAGAGAUACAGUAUGUUAAUUACAUCUUUUAUUAUUAUUAUUAUUUCUUACAGUCAUUUCUGGCUUUCUCAAAACAAAAUAUUAAUCAAUGAGUACUUCUAUUUGCUGCAUUUUUCUUAUUUUAGCCUUUGAGACAGCUGAUAAUUAUCAAGACAUUUUGCAUUUUAUAAAAUGUAAUUUUAUAAAGAAUUAUCUUUACUAUGUAGAAUACCACCUACUGGAUAGAACAAUUUUUGUACUUAAAACACUGCCAUUUUCAUAGAGAUGGCUUUUUGAGAGGAGUAACACUAUGGUUAGAGCUUGCAGUAAAAAUGCCAAACACUGUAGUAACUUGGAACCAGGUUAUUCUUAUGCUAAGCAGAACUGUAAAAUACUUAGUGUCUUAUCAGGUAAUUCGCUGAUUACAUAGACACCACUUUUGUUUUUUAUUUCAUUCUUUAACUCGUGGUAGUGAUAUUUAAUACUUUCUGAUCAAACAGGUUCAAAGUGAAACUUUAAAUUUCUAUUAAACAACUCCUCAAGAGUAACAGUGAAGUCAUACUUCAUAAGUGGUAAAGAAAAGUAUACAGUUUGUAAACAUUUUGUUGGGUAUAGCAGUAAUUGGGCGAAACGGAUAAAUUAUAUCAAAAUGAGAAUGUGCUGUAAUUGGAAGUAAGGAGCUAAAGGAUGUUUCUUUCAGUUAAGUAGUAUAACUGGAACAUUUUACUAUUAAACAUGGCUUUUAUAAAUGCAUGGCCCAGUAAUUUUUAUUCACUGUUAGUAUUUAAUUCACUGUCAGUCAGCUUAUUAAUGUUUUCUGUACCCCUGAUAAUGAAUUUUAAAUUAUAAAAAAUUGCCCUGCAGCUACAGUUUAAAAAUGAAACUAGAUAUUAAAAUAAAUUUGAUAAUUUUUUAUAAAGAGGUCCUGGAUUUUGUUUUUUUUUUUGGAGGUACUAACAUCUUAAGUUACAUUAUGUUAUGCAGGUUAGAAUUUCAGUUACAGCUAAGCAUACUUGUAAAACUUUAGGGCUAUAUUCCUCAGAACCUAAGGACCACUGAGAAUGUUUAUGGACCAGUUUGAAUAACAGUGCUCUUCUUUUAGAUUAUCAGUCUCUGAUAUAUCUAAAAUUCGUUUUGUUUUCUGCAAUCAAGCUGUUCAUGGAAAUAAUUAUGUACAUGUUUUACUUAUGGUCACAUUUUAGAGUCAUAAUUCUCAUUCAUCUACCGAAGUUAUGGUUUCAUCAGUUCUAACAACUUAAAGAUAUUUAAAAGUGUUUUUCUGUAAUUUGUUAAUCUCAACAUGCCAAUUUUGUAUUUGGCAUAUACUUUUUUUGUUUUUUUCACUUUUCCCAAUCAUUUAGACAGCCUUUCUAUAUAUGUGAGAUCAAGAUUUUACUGUGUGCAUGUGUGUGUGUGUGUGUGUGUGUGUAAGGGGUCAGAGAGUACAGGGAGUAUUAUGAGAUUUGGGAUUCUUCAGAAAAAUCAUCUCUCACUGCCAACAGGGCACUGUUGUUAAAGAAUCCCAUUUACUAUUAUCUGGAAUCCUAGAAAUGAUAUCUUGUAUUGUUUAAUACCUAGAGAUUGUAGUUCUGAGAACUAAGUACAAUCAAUUACCUUUCUAAAGCUGGUUUUGGAGGAAAAAGCUGUCCCCAGGCUGCCUGUAACAAACGUUUUAUCAAAAAUAAGCAAAAGUUUAUGUGCCAGAUCUUGAGCCAUAGUAUCCAUAUGAUAAAUUUCAGCAUGUUACUACUUAUCAGAUAUAUAAGGACAUUUAAAAUUUUACUUCUUUACAAUAAGCAAACUAGAAAUAUGCACAGGAAGCUGUGGGCUGGAAACCUGAUGUUGAAAUAGACCUUAUAUUUCAUAUGGUUCUAAAUUGGAGGAAAUUUGAUCCUAUUUAGGAAUGAAUGCUUUUAUAUUUGCUACUGGUUAUAGAAUCAUGCUGAUUUACUUCAUAUCUGGAAUAAAUGUUUAAGGACAAAUUCACAUUUCUCAAAUAUAUUAAAAGAGAUUACAUGGUCAAAUACCCAAAGUCUGGGAAACACAUGUACAACUGAGACAAGUUUCUUUUCUGGAUGAUCUCUUGGAGUCUUUUAACUUGACUACCAUAGAUUGUCCUCUAUACCUCUCUUUCUCCAAAUAAAUUAAAUAUAAUAUGGGAAAGCCUACUCUUAAUAAACUCAGGUUACAUAUAAAUAGCUCAGUUAAUGAUACAGCAUUUAAACAACAUAAUGGUAUUGAUUCAAGGUUAAUUAACAUCCAGAGAUCUGUUGGUAAGAAUAGGAAUGGAAAAUGAUUAUUUCCUCCAUUUUUGUUGGUUUUUAACUUCAGGUAACUAACGCAUAGCUAACAAGCUAGGUUUAUGUAAUUAAACCCAGUAGCUUUUCUGUACUUUGUCAGUUUGUGUAAUGCUAUUUUUGUAAAAACCAAAAGUACACUCUAUGUAUGUAUAAUAGCAGAGGCAUAGAAUGGAAGACUUUGCUUCUGAUAAAGUACUUAAGGUAUAUAAUA